CAUCACGCAGCGGUGGUACGCGCUGGAGCUGGGUGUGAAGAUGGCGGACGAGGAGGCCGAACAGGACCGCAGUCCUGAGAACGGAAUCACUGAAACGCUUAGAGAACUGAGACAACGGCUUCGAGAGCUGCAAGAAGACAUUAUCAGAAAGAGCGAUGAGUCUCCCUCCGAGUCCUCCUCUGAAUUCUGUCAGGAGUUCUGCAGAACGCUGCUGGAGUACGCCGGCAGGUGGAGGAUAGAAGAAGAGCCUUUACCACUGGUGGAAGUGUACAUAGUCGCCCUGCUGAGCUACGCCCAGGCCUCUCCACAUCUCUCCCUGCAGUGUGAGAGUGUUCCCCUUGUGGUCGAGAGGCUGUCACUGAGUUUUGUGGAGCUGUUGCUCUCCCUGAAGGAGGACCUUCCAGGAGAUUUGUGGAAGGAAUUGAAGUCAUGUGUACAGUUUGCGUCCAGUAAGCUGCAGGAGAGUGGCAUCACUCAGCUGUCCCUGCUGUCUGCUCUGGGCCAGUAUGACGGUGUUUGGACCAACAGGGUCCUCCAAGGCCUUCUGUCCAAUGAAAACCCACCAACUGAACAAGUUGAGGCGUUUCUGGUGCAGGAGGGCCUGGUGUUGUCGGAGAUGAGAGUGAAGCAGCUGAUGAAGGACGGUCAGCUGGAGAAAGCUGCUCUGCUGGCCAAGACUUGCUCCCAGUGUGCCACCUUCCAAGGGAGCGGAUCCUUCAAACAGAUGUACCUCGUCUGCCUCAGUGCUACCUCAGAUCAGGAUCAGCUGAUGGAAGUGCUUUCAAAGGAGGAUUGCCGUGAUGCAUUAGAGAUGAUCUGCAACCUGGAGUCCGAUGGAGAUGAGAAGGCAGCUUUCAGCUUAUGUACAGCCUUCCUGACCCGACAGCUUCUGCAAGCAGAUACAUACUGUGCCUGGGAGCUCACACUGUUCUGGAGUAAACUGCUGAAGCGACUGGAGCCGUCAGAGCAGGCCUUCCUCGACAGAUGCCGUCAGAUGUCCUUACUGUCCAAAACGGUCUACCACAUCCUGUUCCUCAUCAAAGUCAUCCAAUCAGAGAUGGACAGCGUUGGACUGCGGGUGUGCAUCGAACUGUGCAUAAGGGCCUUGCGGAUGUCUGCAGAGGAUGGAGGCACCAAGGCCACUGUGUGUAAAACCAUCUCCUGUUUGCUACCCAGUGACCUGGAGAUCAAGAGAGCAUGUCAGCUGACAGAGUUCCUUUUGGAGCCCACCGUGGACUCGUACUACGCUGUGGAGACUCUUUACAAUGAACCAGAUCAGAAGCUAGAGGAGGAGAACAUGCCUGUUCCCAACUCGCUGCGCUGCGAGCUCUUGUUGGUUUUUAAAACCCAGUGGCCUUUCGACCCUGAGUUCUUGGACUGGAAAACACUAAAGCGUAACUGUCUGGCCCUGAUGGGUGAAGAAGCUUCUAUCGUUUCAUCCAUUGAUUUGCUUAAUGAUACUGAGGAUCCUGAGGAAGAGGAAGACUACUUCAGUCAGGAGUUUAAUAAUGACCCAGACCACUUAGAAAGCGGCACAUAUAAACUAAAAGAUGUUUCAGACAAGAAACAAAAGAACCGAGAGAUGAAGAAACUGAGAGAGAAAGGAUUCAUAUCCGCCCGGUUCAGAAACUGGCAGGCGUACAUGCAGUACUGUGUGCUGUGUGACAAAGAGUUUCUGGGGCACAGAAUCGUUCGUCAUGCACAGACUCACCUGAGCGGGGGAGUAUACAGCUGCCCUAUAUGUGCUCAAACCUUUACCUCAAAAGAAACAUUGAUCCCACAUGUAGCGUCACAUGUGAAGCAAUCAUGCAAAGAAAGGCUGGGUGCAAUCAAAACCAACAAGAAACUGUCUGAUCCUAAAACGGCUGCUCCUGUUAUCGCAGCGUUUAAUGCAAAGGGAGAAAACAGACUUAACGAAAGCUCUUAUUCUGUUGGGAAAAAUGGCGGGCUGAUGAAAAAUGUUAAGGGCAGUGUGGCUCAGUGUAACGUGGUGUGUAGUGAGGACAAUGUGUGUCCGGUUGGAAAUUGUAGAAGAAGCUACAAAUUUUUCAAAAACCUCAUUGCACAUGUUAAAGGUCACGGGGACAACGAGGAGGCUAAGAUAUUCCUCGAGAUGCAGAGUAAGAAGGUUGUGUGUCAGUACUGCCGCCGCCACUUUGUUAGUGUCACCCAUCUUAACGACCAUUUACAGGUUCACUGUGGUGUUAGGCCUUACAUCUGCAUACAGCUCAACUGUAAGGCCAGUUUCUUGUCCAACGCCGAGCUCAUCGUACACAAGAAAACACACACUGGCUUUAAGGCGAGGUGCAUGUUUUUAAAUUGUGGCAAAAUUUUUAACGAGGCCUUCAAACUCUACGACCACGAGGCGCAGCAUUAUAAAACUUUCACCUGCAAAAUAGUGGACUGUGGGAAGGUUUUUCAUUCACAGCAGCAGCUGGAUAUGCACUGGGAGGAACAUGCCCCUAAGAAGGAGGAAUAUGCCCCUGUGAAGGAGGAACAUGUCCCUAAAAAGGAGGAACAUGCCCCUGUGAAGAAGGAACGCCCAUCUACUGAGCCCCUGAUCCCACAAAUCAAGAAGCCUUCACUUAUUGAACAAAUGCUCAAAAAUCACACUCCCAGUCACCAAGACAAUUCCCAAGAAAUGUGGAACAGUCAGAGUCCUGUUAAUCAUGAUCAAGCAAAGCAGCCAGUGUCCAUUGAGAGUUUGCUGAAAUCUUCACAAGGACCCGCGGAAACUUCGGGUCAAUACAGAGUCAACAAUGAACUCCCAAAUCACCUUUUCCCAGCCAGUCAGACUCAGAGUUUAAGUAACUCUGUAAUCCAGCCUGUGAAUCCCCACUUGUCUGACACUUAUGGGAGCAGGGAGAGUCCCGGUGGUCAUUCUAUGGAUUAUAUGAGGCCACCUCAACAGCAUCAACCAAUACCUCAGUUUGCAGCUAAUGUAGGUAAUCCGUCACAUUUAUUUAACUCGAAGGUCUCACAAAGCCAGCCACAAAUUUUCCACAACACUGUAAAACCCGGACCUGUGGGUUACAACUCUGUUAGCGUUUCACCGUCAGCACGGCAGCAGGGCGCAGUGUGUGGUGCCAACAUGUCGACACCUCCACAGAUCCAAAACUCCAUAUUGCCAGUGAUGGCGCAACCACUCCCUCCAACAGUUAUCCCACAGACACAUACUGUGAACAGACCAGAGAACUCAGUGACGUCCUCCUCCAGCACAGGCAUACCCCCCGGACAGAGAGAGCGGUUCCACUGUGUAUUUGAAACUUGUACGAGGAACUACAGCUCUUACAGAAACGUCACCAAACACAUGAAAGCAUUUCACUCAGAUUUCUUUGAGCAGUGGAAAGUUAACCGAACUGACAUUAAGGUAACCUUUGUUCCAGUUAAACAACCCAGUCCAGCAUCACUGCAGAACAAGCAGUUCAACCAAGUUCAGGUCCCUGCAGUUCAGAGGCAGAACGUUAUCCAAUCACCUCCGUACACUAACAUGGGGGCAAGUACAAAGUUUCCAUCUGUACAUCCUCUUCAGUCCUCUUCCCACAACCAGAACGCUUCACUCUUGAUGCAAAACGUUUUAAAUCCUAUUGUUCUCUCCCAGCUUGGGCGUGACACGAAUCCAAUACCUGCACAGCCCCAAGUUUCAGGUAGUCAAAACUGGCAAUCAGCUCCUGGAAGUGGGCCUAUUCAAAACUGUGGCCCCUCCCAAGUCUAUCCACCUGGUAUGCAAGGGAUGCCACCGGUCAAUUCUGCAAGUGCUGCUCUGCCGCUCAGUGUCCCUUCUUGCUCUGUGAUUGAAUCAGCUAUGAACAGACCAGGAAAGUCUCUGCAGCCACCAGUUGUGGAAAAUGGGUGCCAGUCAGUUCAGCCCAUGUAUGCAGAUGUUUCUAAGCAAGUGUCCCAACAAGAGUUGUUGCAGACAUCACUGAUGCAAAGCAGUGUUAUCUCCAGUUCCAGGGUACCAGAUAAAAUGAAAUCAGUGCAAAGUGGGCAGUCCCACUUUCCUCCUCCAGGCAGCAUCAGCCAAAAUGUCCAUACCAACCAACCUCAGAACGGCCCCAGCAUGUCUGACAACGGUCCUGAUAACCAAAAGGCCAAAAAGAGAGGGAGGACCAAAUGGCCAGCUAUCCUUAGGGAUGGGAAGUUUGUUUGCUGCAGGUGUUUUAGAGAAUUUAGUAGCCCCAAGUCCCUCGGUGGCCAUUUGUCUAAGCGUACCAUCUGUAAACCUCACGACGAGUCUGUGCUGAACGCAGACCUGCCAGCAUCUUUUCUUGGCCUUCUUAAUUCCGAUCAAACAGUUGGCGAUGCACAGCAACCGUUGUCUUAUAAUCCUGUCCCUGCUUUUCAAGAGAAGCCCCAUCAGGCAGUAACCAAUGGAUCAGCAGCCGCCAAGGAUUACCCCGCUCCUAACUAUCCACAGAAUAGUUUGCCCAUAUAUGGGAAUGACGAGUCAAGCGAUGACCUUCUGAAACAAAUCAUGUCUGAUGCCAACAUGGCUGAACUUUGUGUGCACGCAUCUGCUCCAAAAACACUACUUCAAAACCCCUGUGGCCUCUAUGGAGCAGGUGAACGUUUACCAGGGAGUUCAGUGAUACAGCAUACUGAAAAUGUCCAGCCAAAGAGACUAGAGAAUUCCUACAGUACAGCCUGCUAUUCUCAGCCAAGCAUUGAUGCAUUUGUCGGGGGUGAAUUCCCUGACCCUCUUCUUUCUCAAAUUCUCACAGAAAAUCCUUUAGCUGCAGUCCCCGGAAGUGUUUCCACAAACAACAGCGAGGGGUACAACUCUGGUUCUGACAUACAGAUGGCAAAUACAGAUUCAAACCCAAUGAUGAAACCACAGUUACCCGAUGGACUGCUUAGUCAAGCAACAACAAGUGGAACACAUGCUGAAACACAAAGGAAGGCACAUGAGCAGGACGUGAAAAAGAGGCUGCGCGAGCAGAUUUUGGCAGGUGACCUUCAACGUAGGAACCACAUGUGUUAUUCAAACAGCACUGACCCCAACACCAGUUCAAAGCUGUUUGACCCCAUGUGCAGCCCCUCUAAUAACUCUGGCUUUAAUCACAUGUAUCAUGAUUUAAAGAGUGAGGAACAAUUUAUUCAAGAAAACUCUCUUCUCAUCCAAGGGGCCUCUGACAAAAUUGAAGAAUUAUUAAACACACAGAGCUUCACUGGUUUCAGAGAGACCCCCAGCCUGCAGCAGGAGAUAGUGAUCCCUUCAGGGGUUGUGGCCAAUGAAGCAGACUUCGAGCCCACACAGUUAUCUGCGAGCCAGCAACUCAUGAUGUUAGAAAUUCAAACAGCAUUUGAAAGGUUAAACUUGGUGAGAGAAAUACCAGAUCAAAUGGCAGCUUCAGUGCAACAAAUCAGCAAUAACACAAACAAACCGGCAGCACCGGUAGGGGUUGGCAUUUGCAGCCCAACAACAUCAAACUUAGUGAAACCAUUUGCUUGUGAGAACUGUCCUUUCAAUACCCUGUCAGGUGAAGCUCUCUGGAAACACCUCUCUAAAUGCCACAACUACACCCUCGAUAUGGUCAAUGUGGUCAAAAAGAGAUACGGUGAAUAUGCUCCUUACAAGUGUGAGAAAUGUAGCAAAAGAUUUACUCGCAACUCAAACCUUCGCACUCACUAUCAGUCGAUACACAAACUAUCAUCCAAGGAAGUCGAAGAACUAGAUCUGAAGCGCAGAGAGGCUAGGAGUGCUGUUGUUCAAAACUGGCGUCUUGGUAAAAACCCAGAGAACAUUAAACAGGAGUAUUCCCCCCCAGAAACUCAACAACGUAAAUGCCCAUCAAAAUCACCCGCCAUCAUCAGGCAGCCGGUAGUUAAACCAAACAUGGAGACUCCCAAGAAGGCAAAAGAGAAGAAGCCAAACUCUAAAGAUGCCUUGAGUCCGUACAAACCUUACCGCUGCGUCCAUCAAGGCUGCAUGGCAGCCUUCGCCAUCCAGCACAAUCUGAUCCUCCACUACCGGGCUGUUCACCAGUCUGCUUUGUCAGCGUUGGAAGUCAACAAGGACCAAGACCAGGACGAGAGUGAGGAACUGGAUGAAAAAACAGACCAUGAAGAGGAAAAUCCAGAGCCAGAGAUCCCUCAAAUUUCUGAAUUCAGAUGUCAAGUUAAAGACUGCUCCAGAGUUUUCCAAGAAGUCCCCCACCUCUUGCAGCACUAUCUUCAGCUGCACGAGUUCAGCCUGGAAAAGGUCGGCAAUCUUGUGUCCCACACCAAGCUGGGCAGGUUUACUUGUGGCCACCAGGGAUGCGAGACAAACUUCACUUCUUUCUGGAGAUACAUCGGGCACGUCAAAGAUCAGCAUAAAGAUAUGAAGUUAACCAAACCAGAACAAUUACUCAACUUAUUCAAGUGUGAAAUUGAAGGCUGUGAACUUGCAUAUGCAACAAAGUCAAACAUGCUGAGACACGUCAUGAAGAAGCAUAACGACUGGUACCAGAUGAAACUAAAGGGUCAACAGAUGAGGAGGGAUGGGAUUAAACCGAAAACUAAGACUCUGCUCUACCAACUUACAAAGACGAGUAACGGGAAGGAAAACAUCGAGAGCAAUAAAAAGUUCCUACAGAGGGCAAGAGACGCAAAGAGAUUCAGCAAGUCCAAAACCAGUCACUGGACCACAUAUGGGAAACCCUCCUUGAAAACCAAAGUGGAGGCAUCUGCAAUGUGCACCAAGAAGUUCCCGUUACAGUACCCCUGUAUGAUCAAAGGUUGUGACACAGUGGUGAAAUCAGAGCGGAACAUAGUCAAACAUUACAUUGGACACGGACUCUCAGAGAAAUACCUUGAACUGCAGAGAAGUCAUUUUAUAUUCUGCAAGAAGUUCGCCAAGCACAAGUACCGCCCGAUGCGGAGCGAUGAUUCCAAAUCUGACAACACCUCUGACGUGUCCGACAGCGAGAUGCCAGCAGACGCCGUCCAGGAAGCGGGGGAAAAUGGACACUCAAAGCCUUACUUGCGUAAAAGGACCGCAGCAGGAUUACCUUCUGCCUUCUUUGACAACAAAAUGUCCAACGGUGCGAGCUCGGACAGCUCUCUGGCGGUCAAACGUAAACGUGGACGCCCUCGAAAACUGAUCGGAAAAAUUGCAAAACGCAAGAAAAUCCCACGACUGAGUAAGGUCGCUGUGGUUUACAGCAAGGACGACGAAUCCAACUCCUCCUCCCCUGCAGUAACACAGGAGGAGAGGACUGAACAGAGUACCUCAAUGGCCACUUUUAAACCCAUGGGAUUUGAGAUGUCGUUCUUGCAGUUCCUCAGUCAGUCAACGAAAUGUGAAAUUCCUUUGACGAGGGCGAUUGUUGAUCCUGAAAUGUGCAGGAAGGUUUUGGGUCUGUCCAGCAAAGAAACCUGUGUCAAGUUCAGCAACCGUUCAAAAUUAAAGUCUCUAAAUCGGGUGAAGAUAAUCCUGGACAAAGCUUUUUCAAGGUUCUCCACGCCCAUGUUGAAGCAGCUGCAGGACCUGCGGCCCACAGUGGUGUUGGAGAGGAACUACUGAGGUGUGUUUCAAUGUUUUUUGUAAAGCAGGAUCUCAGGAGUAGAAUGAGUAGAAUCUGCUGCAGACAGUGCCCUACAUCUGAAACCUUUUUUACACAUCCAGUUAUCAAAAAAGAACUGUUGCUUUGAACUAAACUGUCAUAAUGUCUGUACAUUGUUUUGUCAUUUUUAUAGAAUAUAGCAUGUUUUUAUUUAUGGACCCUGAAGGUGUAAAGGUUUUUUUAUUUUCUUUCUGAAAACUGAAAUGAGACAUCAGCUUCUUCUGUCUUUAUCAUCCCUGUGGGACUUGAAGAUACGGACUAUGAAACAGAUGUGUUGUUGUGUGUAGUUGUGAUCAGAAGAUGUUGAUUAUUGUGCGUUGUGUGUAUAUAGUUGGAGAUCACCCACUGCCACCAGCAGUCUUACUAUUAAAUCAGUUUUUUUACAACCA